AUGUUCGAAUCUAUCAAAUCUCGCUGGGAAGAUCUUCUCGAAGAGCACCCGCAUCUUAAUACGGUCGCCACAUUCGUCUGGAAACUGAUCCCACCCAUCAACUUCAUCACCAUUCAUUACGCUUAUUUUAUAUUCGGUUCACUCUUCUUCUCCGUCAUCUUUUGGGGAUCAAGCGAGCCAAGCCGCAGCAUCCCCUACAUCGACUGUCUAUUCCUCGUCGUUUCCUCCUUUUGUGAUGUAGGGCUAAACACAGUCAAUCUUUCUGAAAUCACAACAUGGCAGCAGGUUCUGCUAUACAUUCUAUUUAUCAUCGGUAGCGCACUCUGGGUGUCGUUCUGGACUGUUAUGGCACGAAAACAUGCAUUUGAGAAGCGCUUCGAAGAUGUAGUCGCUGCAGAGCGGGAGGCCAAGAAGAGGCGCGCUGCGCUGAGACGUGCCAAACCACUUGGGAGGUUCCUCACAUUGGACAAAUCCAAAUCAUCACCCGCAGACACCGGAAACUCUACCACUCUUCCUGGUCUGGGUACCCGCCAGAGAACUGUGCUAGAGAAACACGACUCUAACGAUGUGUUUACGGCCCCUCCAGUGCGCCGUGUAGUGUCCGCUCCAGAAGAUGGUAUCUCCGAUUCCGACGACAAUGAUAGCAACAGGACACAAGUAGCGGCUCCUGUCCGUAUCCCUCCUCUCACCCCAACUUCUGGCGACCACAUCCAAUUUGCCGACAAUCUAUCACCUGCUCACGGCGCUAGAGACAACGCCUCCAUCUAUCAGCGUAAUGAUAACUUGGAACUCAAUCAACGACCUACGACAGCUUCAUCAGCCGGCAGCGACGAAUCAGAAGACUUCCUAUUACACUGGAAGAAGAUUCUUGGAAGCCAUAAUACGAGCAAGAGAGGCCAAUUUUACGACCUAUCAUCGGAUGAACGUGAAGCUUUGGGUGGUUGCGAGUAUCGUGCGCUUAAGGUUCUAGCUGUUACUGUUCCUCUUUAUGGUUUCCUGUGGCAAGCCCUAUGUGGAAUCGCCCUGGGAGCAUGGAUAAGCAUUAAUCGGCCAUCUGCAGCAACCGAGAAUGCUGUAAAUCCUUGGUGGUGUGGCAUCUUCCUGUCUUCUUCGGCUUUCAACAACGCGGGCAUGUCACUUAACGACGCUGGCAUGGGAGCCUUCCAGGAUGCCUACUUCGUUCUGAUCGUUGUCGGCAUCCUCGUUCUGGCCGGCAACACCGGUUAUCCCUUGCUUCUGAGAUUCUCUCUCUGGUGCUGUCUUCGAAUAUUGCAAUUGACAACCCAACCUAAAACAUUUGGUCCAUGGAAAGAGACAAUCGAGUUCAUUCUCAAGUACCCCCGACGAGUGUAUACGACCCUGUUCCCCUCGGUCGCUACAUGGUGGCUAUUCAGUGUAAUUAUUGCCAUUAACACUAUUGACUGGGUUGCCUUUGAAGUAUUAAAUAUUGGCAAUCCUGUCGUGGAGGACAUGCCCGUAUCCGACCGUAUCAUUGCCGGAUGGUUCCAAGCAAUCGCUGUUCGUGCUGCCGGAUUUGCUGUUGUUUCCAUAUCAGGCCUUUACCCUGCUGUUCAGCUUCUGUACAUGAUCAUGAUGUACGUUUCCGUGUAUCCUGUUUCCAUCACCAUGCGUCACUCCAACGUCUACGAAGAGCGAUCUCUUGGCAUCUAUGAAGAUGAUCCGCAAAUAUUGGAGGCCGAGAACGGAAACAAUCUUCUGCCUACAAUCUCUGAAGAACCAGAAAAACCAAAACUACGGAGAAGAGCCACAGCCGCCGUGCAGAAGACCGUUAAGAAAUCCAUGACUUUUCAUGGUGUGGGUGUGCGCCCUCCACCCAAAGGCCCGGACGAUAACUCCCGAAUAUCUUUUAUUGGACAGCAAAUUCGUGGACAGCUUGCUCACGAUAUGUGGUGGCUUGUCCUUCCCGUCAUUAUCAUCAUGAUCAUAGAGACCGACCACUUUCUCGAACAACCGCUGGCCUACAGUGUCUUUAACGUGUUGUUUGAAGUGGUUUCGGCUUACGGAUGUGUUGGACUAUCUAUGGGUUUGCCUGGGAAAAGCUACAGUAUGGCAGGAGGUAUGCACCGGGGCAGCAAGUUUGUGCUGUGUUUGGUGAUUCUUAGGGGUCGUCAUCGAGGUCUCCCUGUAGCGCUGGAUAAGGCUGUCAGGUUGCCAGGAGAGAAGCUGGCCCGUGAAGAGGAAGAAGAUUCGAAAAUUAGAAAGACAAAGACGAUGGACAGGAUAGCCAGUCGAGAGUCCCGGGUCAUGUAA